CGGCCGGAGGUCUGCCUCACGCAUGCGCAUUGCCUGCUGUGUGAGCUGUCUCCUUCACUGCGCCCCGCUGCUCCGAACAGCCCCUCACACUUUGCACGCUGCGCCCCCCCCGACAAAGACAUGGCAGAGAAAGGAGCAGUGUGCGAGGUACCGCCAGGCGAGGCAGGGAAAGGCAAGCGGGUGGUGAACAAAGGCCACUGUGGGACAUGUCAGCAGCGCGUUCCCAAGGGACAUGGCACAAUGGCCGUUCCUCCUGCAUACUCCGACUUAGGGAAGGCUGCCAAGGACAUCUUCAACAAGGGCUUCGGAUAUGGAGUUCUCAAGCUGGACAUUAAGACCAAGUCCCAGAGUGGUGUUGAGUUUUCCACCUCUGGCUCCAACAACACCGACACGGGGAAGUCGGGAGGCCAACUGGAGACCAAGUACAAAAUGAAGGCGCUUGGUCUCAACUUCAACCAGAAAUGGAACACAGACAACACUCUCAGCACAGAGAUCACCAUGGAGGACCAGCUGGCUUUGGGCUUGAAGCUCGGUCUGGACGCCUCCUUUGUGCCCAACACUGGCAAGAAGAGUGCCAAGCUGAAGUCUGCCUACAAACAGGACUUUGUGAAUGUGGGCUGUGACCUGGAGUUCGACGUGGCUGGUCCCACCGCCCACGCCGCCGCCGUGCUGGGCUACGAGGGCUGGCUGGCAGGCUACCAGUUGGCUUUUGACACGGCCAAAUCCAAACUGACCCAGAACAACUUUGCCCUCGGAUACAAAGCCGGUGACUUCCAGCUUCACACCAACGUCAACGACGGCACCGAGUUUGCGGGCUCCGUUUACCAGAAGGUGAACAGCAACUUGGAGACAGCGGUCCACUUGGCCUGGACGGCCGGCAGCAACAACACCCGCUUUGGAAUCGGAGCCAAAUACCAGCUGGACAAGGACGCCUCGCUGUCUGCCAAAGUCAACAACGCCUGCCUCGUUGGAGUUGGCUACACACAGAACCUCAGGCCAGGAGUGAAGCUCACCCUCUCUGGUCUGCUCGAUGGGAAAAACGUCAACGGCGGCGGGCACAAAGUGGGCUUGGGCUUUGAGCUGGAGGCGUAGGGAGGUCAGCCGGAGACAGUGGAGGAAACACGGGGUACCGAAUGUGAACACACACACACAGCCACUCAGAGACCCCGACACACACACACUUUUGCCUUAUCCCUUGAACCCAAAGCCAGUCUUCAAACCCUCCAGUGCUGUAGUUUUGAAAGAACCAAGCAAUAUUGUUGUGAGGGUUCAUUUUAAAUCUAAAGUAAUCUGUUUUCUUACUGAAAUAAGACGUUAAGCACCUUUUCAUUUUGGGCUGUGUGGUCCGAAUGUUUUCGUCCAGGUGAACUUUUUAGAUUAUUAUAGGAAGCUGCUUUCAAUUUGUUGUGGUUUUGCUGCAUGCUUUCGAGGAUAGAGACAGUUUUCUUUCACAUGUCGCACAACAAGAUGCAAUAAAAGUUGGAGAAAAUGAGGCAGAAAAUAGAUCCUUCUGGGAUCUAGUGCUCUGUGAUUCCACUGUUUGACCUCACUUUCAGGUCUUUUUGGCAAAAAGGUUGACAGAAAUUGGAGACGGUUCCCUCUCUGUGUUGUGUAGCUUUUGGACCUUUACCACUACAUUUUGCUAAAUCUGUGCUGUGCUUUGUGUAAGAGAGUUAGUCAACUAUUAGGCCCGCAAACUGAUUUGAAAUAAAGAAUAUUUAACGCUAUGUAGUGUUUUUUUUAAAAAAAUUUUUAAAGUUUACUAAAGUAAAAUACUGUUCAACAUAUACUACUCAACAUUUUUUUACACCCAAAUAGACAUGGAAUUACAAAUACUUGACGUAUGUAGCACCUGUCAUUACUUCAUAAGAUCUACAUACUGUAGUCCAGUGGUGGAGUUAAACGAAACAGGUAACAGUUUUGCCACAA